UAUGUAUCUUUUACAGGUGUAAAAGUGUGGAAGACGCCAAUCCAAUCAGAUCUUCAAGAGUCACAUAAUUCCGCGCUGGACUGAGGUUUCCACGAUCCAACGCCCAGGAGCUAUUUGUAUCAUAGAAGCAUGUGAGGUGUGGGAGCACCUGAUAUUCUCCCACAACUGCAGUGCCGUGUUGGAAGUCUAGCUUCAGUCAAUACACUCAGCAAAGGAGGAAAGAUCAAACCAGUUGCCCCUGCGUGUUAUUUCGGGGCUGUGGCGUAGUCGUCAAUCCAUUUGAAGACACGUCGUAAUCCCCUAUUUAGUUCCAGUUCAGCUUCGGUUCCUGGUGUGCUGUGUUAAUUUUCUUUUCUUUCGCGAUGAUGCUCUGUUUUACAUUCUGAAUGGAUAAACGCCAAGCAGAAGAGAGCAUACGGAAACAGGGUGACCAAGUGAUCCAAUGGUUGAGAAAAAGGAGAUUACAGCCUUGCCACCUAUCUAAAUCCGCAUGAUAAUUUCCUCCCAAGAAUUCCCCGUGCGAUGUUUGUAGCCCUCGUAGUUCUGCUGCUCUCCUUGCCGGCGCCAUCGGCCGGUGACCGGCUGUUCUGCGCCGACGCCAACGGCAAGUACAGCCCAAACAGCACCUACCGGGCCAGCCUUAGAUCCCUCGCCGAUGAACUUACCGCCGGAGCCAUGAAGUCGCACUCGGCCACUGGCACGGCCGGCACGGGCUCCGACAAGGUCUACGGCGCCGUGCUCUGCCGAGGGGACUCCACCGGCGCCGACUGCAGCGGGCGCCUCCGGGAGGCCUUCGGCAGGACCAUCAGCGCCAAGGCCGCCGCAUGCGCGCUCCACAAGGACGUGGCGCUCUACUCCGAGCUGUACCAGCUUCGCUUCUCCGACGAGGACUUCCUCUCCACCUUCAGGAACGCGCCGGAGUGGGUCGACGGCACCAACCUGAACCUUGUGCCGGCCACCGAUGCUGGGCAGUUCGACGAGCUGGUCGCCAAGCUAACGAGAUCCCUUGCCGAGGCCGCGGCAGCGCAGCCGGACAGGUACGCAACGGCCGAUGCGCUGUGGUCGUCGCCGGAGAGCCAGCGGACCGUGUACGGGCUGGCGCAGUGCACGCGGGACAUGCCGCCGGAACGCUGUCGCGCUUGCCUCGAUGGAAUCGCCGCUGAGAUACGGCGGCGGGUCGGUAGCAGCAGAAUGGGCGGGGCAAUUCAUGGUGCAAGGUGCACACUCCGGUACGAGACGGGCACACAGUUCUUUACGGAGACUGCCACAGGGCAACGGAAGGGCCAUGCACUCCUGAUUAUUGCCACAGUGUACUCGCUCUCGGUGGUCUGUACACGUUUGCUUUUCUGUGUCCUAUACAUCAUAAAACGAGAAAAAAGAGGGAAGAUAAACUCCACGGAGCAGCCCAAGAACAUUGAUGAAAUCCUGAGGCUUUGGAAGAUGGAAGAUACCGGUUCUGAGUUCUCCCUGUACGAUUUCUCCCAAAUUGCAGAUGCUACAGACAACUUCUCACCGGGCAAAAUAUUAGGACAGGGUGGCUUUGGACCCGUUUACAAAGGAAUUUUUCCUGACGGACAAGAAGUAGCAAUUAAAAAACUUGCUGCACGAUCAAGCCAAGGCCUAGUGGAAUUCAAAAAUGAGAUCCAACUGGUAGCAAAACUUCAGCACAGACACCUUGUUAGGCUGUUGGGUUGUUGCAUCCACGAUGAAGAGAAGAUACUGAUCUAUGAAUACAUGUCAAACAAAAGCUUGGACUACUUCAUUUUCGAUCCAAACAGGAGGACAUCAUUAAACUGGAUGAUACGACUGAAAAUAAUUGAAGGAAUAGCACAAGGGCUUCUAUACCUUCAUGAGCAUUCACGACUGCGUAUCAUCCAUAGGGAUCUGAAAGCAAGCAAUAUUCUAUUAGACUCCGAGUUAAAUCCUAAGAUUUCUGAUUUUGGCAUGGCAAGGAUAUUUCCGUCAGACGCCACUCAAACAAAAACAAGCAGGCUUGUUGGAACAUAUGGUUACAUGGCUCCUGAGUACGCAUUUCAGGGCCUCCUUUCGAUCAAGUCAGAUGUUUUCAGUUUUGGGGUAUUGCUUCUUGAGAUUAUAAGUGGAAAGAAGAGUGCAGGAUUUCAGCAUAAUGGAGGAGAAUUUGACAAUCUACUUCAAUAUGCAUGGCAGAUGUGGGAAGAAGAAAGAUGGCAUGAAUUCAUUGAUCAAUCAAUUGGUGAUGAAUAUGAUCCAGGAGACAUGAUGAAAUAUCUCAGGUUGGCACUCAUGUGUGUCCAAAUGAAAGCAGUAGACCGCCCCACUAUGUCUGAUAUUGUUGCAAUGCUUAGCAGUGACGACAUCACCGUACCAGAGCCAAGGCAACCAGCUUACUCCUAUACCAGAGUAGAUGUGUCAAUAGACAUCAAUUUAUCAUGCACCAGAAAUGAUAUAACCCUCACCACUACUGAUGGUAGAUAAAUGGUCAUUUAUUUCAUUUGCAGGGUGUGUGCCUACUGUUUUUGGAUGUUCUUCUUGUGUUGACUAGUUAACUAGACAGGGCAUUGUUUGUAUUCCAUUAGUGGCUCAGAACUUCACCCAUUUGUCCUAUUCCUGCAUAUGUAACAAGAUUUUCCAUCAUAUGCAAUAUUCAUAAUUUGGGACUACAAGAA